GUGGCCAUUCAGCUAAAGUGCAAAGCUAACGCUCCACCAUUUAGCCCACCUGUCCACCUCGAGAUUUAGCAAUUUAUCAAACAUUAGUGUGUAAAGUUGGUGCUGCAUACUGCAGGGGAUAUGCCCUCAUUGAAUUAAAACACACGCCUCACAAAGAAACGUUGCUCCACUGUACAGAGUAGCCCCGCAGACAUGUCUGGAGUUAAAAGGAAAAUUGAAGGCAUCGAUCCUGACUAUGAGGACAUUUCUCUUGUCCAAAAUAGCAAGAGAAACAAAGCCGUUGAACAUAAUGCUAGGGAGGCAGCAGUACAGAAGAUUGACACCAUCAUCAGAGAGCAGUUUUCUUUGGAGAUGAAGAGCAAAGAACACGAGAUAGAUGUCAUCAGUCAGCGACUCAAUGAAGCCAGGAGGAUGAUGGACAAGCUUAGGGCUUGCAUAGUUGCCAAUUACUAUGCCAAUGCUGGGAUGACAAAGCUCACAGAGCAUGGUUCUAAGAGUGACCCUGCAGUGCUGAACCAUCCAGCCAUCCGUCGUUUCCUGGAGUCCCCAUCCCGUUCCUCUUCCCCUCUCAACCAGGGUUCUGAGACUCCUUCUUUGGCCCAGUCAGAGUCUGAGUCCCUGUCACAGCAAGGAGAAGGAUCUGAGAGGGAUGUAGAGGGAGCAUGGAGAGAGGAUAGCAGCAAGCAGGAGCGCAGACCUGGACGUAAUACAGGCAAAGACACUUUUGGUGUGCCAUCAUCUGUGGGAGCAGAUCAGAGGGUGACUUACCACUCAACUGGAGACGAAGCUUCUAGACUGUAUGCAAAGAAGACAAUCGUAGUGGGGAAUGUAUCCAAAUACAUUCCCCCUGAUAAGCGGGAAGAGAAUGACCAGUCUACCCAUAAGUGGAUGGUGUAUGUCAGAGGAUCCAGGAGGGAACCCAGCAUAGACCACUUUGUAAAGAAAGUCUGGUUCUUCUUGCAUCCAAGCUACAAACCCAAUGACCUGGUGGAAGUCAGUGAGCCUCCCUUUCAUUUGACACGUCGUGGUUGGGGUGAGUUUCCUGUGAGGAUCCAAAUCCACUUCAAAGACCCUCGCAACAAACGCAUUGACAUCAUCCAUCAGUUAAAGUUGGACAGAACAUACACUGGGUUACAGACCUUGGGAGCAGAAACUGUGGUUGAUGUGGAGCUCCACAGGGACUCUCUUGGGGAAGACUUUAUCCCUCAGUCCACUUCAUCCAAGGUGACUCACAGAGCAGCCAGCCCUACCUACCUGGCCCAAAGUUAUGGACCCUCCACUUCGCCCAUGUCGCAUGAUGUCGUUCUAGAUAAAGGUUUCAUCAAAGCAGAGAUGGGGAGACAUGCAGGGGGACAUAGCUCAGGCCUUACUGCUGGUGAGCGCACUCCAACCCGACCAAAAGCAAGUGACAGGAUCGCCCUGGGUUCCCAUGGCAACUCGGCCUUCCAGCCUAUCACAGCAAGCUGUAAAAUUGUCCCACAAGGACAGCCACCAAGUCCUGCUGAGUCUCCUGGAAAAUCAUUCCAACCAAUCACCAUGAGCUGCAAAAUAGUCUCAGGGUCUCCAAUCUCCACCCCAAGCCACUCCCCACUGCCUCGCACACCCACCACAUCCACCCCUGUCCACAGCAAGCAGAACUCUUCAUCAGUGCUCAACAACCCUUAUAUCAUUGUUGAUAAACCAGGCCAGGUGAUCAGCAUGGCCUCCUCUUCCUCUGCCUCCACAGGAAGUCCCUCAGCUAAACAAUCUGUGGCACAAGGCACUCGUUCUCCAGCCCCUAAAGUUCAUACUGGCACCUUGCUCUCCUCGGGGAUGAAGGUUAUUAUCAAACAAGAGCCGGGAGAGGUUUCAACACAGCAACAGCAAAUGGUUUCCACAGUAACCAGCCAGCAGCAACCUGCGACUACAGCAGCCCACCAGUUUGUCGCAGUGAAGGGAGGUCACAUGAUCUCUGUGUCAGCCCAGAAGCAGGCAGCAGGGGCCGCAGGGGCCACAUCAAGCAAGAUGUUAGGUAUUCCCGUAAGCUCAACACUUCAGUCCGCCGUGAAACAGGUGGCUAUCAGCAGUGGACAGAUUCUGGUCGCUAAGGGCAACCCCUCUGUCUCCAAAGUGAUGGGCGGAAAGCAAGUUUUGGCUCAGGGAGUCGCUAAAGCCAUCAUGAGUGGAGCCAGUGGCAUCUCUGGUCAGCAAGGUGCUACCAAGGCAACUAGUGGUUCAGGAGGCAAGAGUGGAGUGAUGGCUACUCUUCAGCUCCCAGCCAACAAUCUGGCUAAUCUGGCCAAUUUACCACCAGGCACCAAGCUCUAUCUGACUACCAACAGUAAAAACCCAUCAGGGAAGGGAAAGCUGCUUCUCAUUCCACAGGGAGCCAUCCUCAGAGCCUCCAGUGCAAGUCAGCAGUCCCAGAGCAGCUCGUCAGCAGGCACGGGGGGCUCUCAGACCCCCUCCUCUUCCUCUUCAAGCAGUCUGCCUUCCAACCUGUCCUACACAUCCUAUAUCCUAAAACAGACGCCGCAGGGUACUUUUCUGGUUGGUCAGCCUGCGCAAGGUUCAGGGAAGCAAGGGGUUUCUGGUUCAGCAGGUCAUGCAGCCUCAUCUCCAGCAACUGUUACCCCACAGGCCAUCCGGGUAACAGCUGGACAGAAAGCUGCUAUUCUGGCUCAGGUGGUGGGCAGCUCCCAGGGUGCACAGGUGAAGUUGUCAGAUGGCUCCGUUAAGACAGUAACGGCAGCGGCUGCAGGACAUUUGUCCAAGCCGGGGACGACCACACUGAGAAUGACUGGCGGAGUGAUCACUGCGGCUAGCUCCACCCCCAGCUCUAUCAGUGCUGCAACAGCAAGCAACAUACAACAGCCUGCUGAAGGUGGGAAGUCUACCUCUCAGCACCACUCACUCCUGGUAGCAGCCAAUCAAGCAGCGGUCAUCAGUGCAGCUAAGAGCGCCAGUGCUGCUGCUGCCGCCGCCGCCGCCGCCGCUGGUGGCAGCCUGUCAAAGACAGCUGCGGCUACUUUGGUCAAGGGUGCUGGCAACUCUGCCACCAUGACAAAGAGUGUUGUGGGAUCAACAGGAGCUUUGGUAACAGUUGCCAAAGGCACUUCCAAUUUGCCUGUCAUCGGCGCAUCCAAGGGUGCAGGAGUCGGGGCUGUGCCUAAAAGCAGCGGCGCGUCAUUGGUUGGGGCAGCUUCCUUAGUCAGUGGGGUGGCAGCCGGAGCAGGGAAGACUGCUGCAACUCUCUCGGGGAUGCUGAAGAUCCAUUCUGGAGGUUCCAGCUCUCAGCAGACUGUUUUAACCAUUCCUGCUAACCAACUCAAACAGCUGGGGGUUGGCACUGGGUCUGGAGGGCUGCAGACAAUACUGAUGCCUGUUGGUAAAGUCGUGUCCAAAGGCACGGUCUCCACUACUCCCUCCUCCUGCACCACUUCUGGAGCAGCUAGACCUGGAGCUUCCCCAAGUCCUGCCAUCCAGGCCUCCCCCUCCCUUGCUCUGCCCCUGGCACAAGUGAAAACAGAGCCGGGUAUCGGCACAGUUGUUACAGCUGGUCCGUCUCCCCCGGUGACGGCCCCCAUUCCCACAUCGGCCCAAGUUGCUUCUGCAGCGACAACUGUCAAGCAGGAACAAGGGGCGGAUAACUCUACACAUGACCUCAUCAACACUGAUCACAUAGAGACCAUGAUGCAGCUCCUGACAGCUGUGGUGAAGAAGUUUCCUCUGAUUGUGCCAGAGAAAACUGAAGACUCCCAUCCAUUCUGUGCCUCUUCAACAGACCAAUAUUAUUCCUGGACUAUUGGCAAGCGUAGAGCAUCAGAGCUUCAGCGAGCAGUUGCAGUGAAGCGAGUCAUCCAAGACGUGUUGGACCGCUCGCCCCGCCUACAGGCCCUCACUCCACCCAAGACCAGAGAGGUGGUGCAGUGGUGUCGACAGAGGGGCUACACGCCGCCUGACCCCGAGCCGCAGCGCAAAAAUGAUGACGAGUCCAUCGAGGACAUUCUCACACAGAUAGAUAAUGAGCCCGAGUGCCCAUCAACCCUGAGUAGCUGUGACGAGCUGGUGUUGCGGCUGGAGCAGAUGCAAGCUCUGCUGAAGACGGAACCAGAGGAGGCAGAUGACCAGAUAGUCGACAUCGUCACUGUAGUUCCUCCCUGUCAGAAGCUAAAGGUCAAAGAAGAAGAGCAAGAAGCCGACGCAGAGCCCAAGUUCUUCGUGGGCCCCUGUGUGUCGGCGCAGUUUGUCAGUGAAACAGCUCAGCAGAUUGGGGUAAACUUCCAGCCAGUCGAGGUGGAGAAGAAUGUGUUUGCUCCAGUAGUCGAAGCCAUGAUUCUGAAGGCUACUGAACAGUUUUCUAGUGACAUCCUGAGAGAAGCUCUGGCUGUGGCCUACACCAAAUCCCCUCAGAACAGGGCUCCCAGAGAGAUCACAGCCAUGAAUAUCCACCAGGCAGUGAGUAGCAUCCCCACCUGUGACUUCCUCACAAACGCACACAUGGGUUACUUGUCGAAGGACAACUGAGGACGGUGGAACUGACUCCGCCUACAGAGACGCGAGGACUGUGUGAUGUGCGAGUUAUGACGGACACUUCCACUGUCGGUGUACACGCGCCUACAUGUGGUCCUGUCGCCCUCAGGUUGUGCAGUAAUAACUAAUGUACUGUAUUCGUUUAACAUGAUCAAAAAAGGGCUCUGUGUGCUCGCAUAGCAGCAAAAUGGUAAACGUUUCUAAUACUGCAAACAUUUUAGUCCUAAUUUAUCAAGAGCAGCGGCAUCGUGGGAAUCAAGCUUACUUGAUUUUGAGAGGCUGUUGUGCUCUUGCUUACCUCAUAACAGGAUUAUUUUAAUGAAGUGUUUGUAAUGAAGGGUCAGGGUUGAAUAAAAUGUCAAGACAUCCGUCACCUCCUUCAAAAGUCAAUGUGAUGCACAGAUCUAAAAACAAGUUGGAAACACUAGUGAACAUUAGAGAGCAAUGUUUGUUGUUUACAAAGCAAACCUUCCCCUGAUUAUCCAUCACCACAAACAUCUUAUGAUCUAUUACACAUAUUUAAUACACAUAUUUAUAAUAUAAUACAAACAAGCAGGAAGUGGCUGUUUUCUGAGGCUCUUCAGAGAUCGAUGCUUCACAUUUUUAAGUUGCAGAGCCAACGUCAGGACAGAGAUUAUACUGAACAAAUCAUUCUGUCGUCAUGAAUUCAAGACACCAGUAUUUAUCGUACAUGAACCAGCUUUCCUAGUCUGUUAAAGUGCUUUUAAGUGUUCCGUUUAACAACCGUUAUGUAUUUAUCAUGUAAUGUUCACAUGUGUAUGUGACCAAUAUAAAAUAGAUGUUUUCGAAAUUCACUUUUAUUUUUGUAUGCAAUGUCAACACCUGCAAAACUGUGAGUGAGAGCGUUAAUGAAUUUGAUAGUAAGUGAAGUGUGUGUGUGUAUGUGUGUGUUUUGUCAGCUAAUCUUCUGAUGGCGAGUCUGUUUCAUGUGGAGCUUUGUAUUUUGUUCAUGUGUUUGGGCUGAAUGUUUGUUUGUGAUGCCUGUUAAUCCACUCGAGUGUAAAAGAAAAUAUGCAGAUAAUUAAUAUUCUUAUAAUAAACGGAAAAAAACUGA